ACGGAAAUCCCUUGGCUCCAAAAUGGCAACUGGAGAACCAAAGAUAAGCCCCAAGAAUGCCCAUGUGUCUGCCAAGCGGCUGUUGCUGAAGGAGGAGGAAGAGGCAGAGGACUACUGUACCCCUGGAGCCUUUGAGCUGGAGCGUCUCUUCUGGAAGGGCAGUCCGCAGUACACCCAUGUCAACGAGGUCUGGCCUAAGCUCUACAUUGGUGAUGAGGCGACUGCCCUGGACCGGUACCAGCUGCAGAAAGUGGGCUUCACACACGUGCUGAAUGCAGCUCACGGCCGCUGGAACGUGGACACGGGGGCCGACUACUACCGCGACAUGGCCAUCAAGUACCUCGGCGUCGAGGCUGAAGAUUUACCCACGUUUGACCUCAGUGUCUUCUUCUACCCGGCAGCGGCCUUCAUCGAGGAUGCGCUCAACAAUGACCACAAUAAGAUCCUGGUCCACUGUGCCAUGGGCCGCAGCCGGUCGGCCACCCUGGUCCUGGCCUUCCUGAUGAUUCACAGGAACAUGACCUUGGUGGAUGCCAUCCAGCAAGUGGCCAAGAACCGUUGUGUGCUCCCCAACCGGGGCUUUCUGAAACAGCUCCGAGAACUAGACAAGCAGCUGGUGCAGGAGCGGCGGCGAGCAGGCCCGUGAGGAGGAGCUGUGGGCCCUCCUCCCCUGGGAGAGCACAGGCAUCGGGGCCUGUGUGUCUCAAAGAAGGCCCAGUGGAACCAGAGCUUGAAUUCUUCCAAAGACGCCGCAGCUGCCUUGGUGCGCACUGGUGAACAGAGGGCUCUGAAGCUGCCUCUCGGCUCCCCAGUAAAACGGAGAAAGGAUUCCUUGCAGAAUCGGUUGUAGAUGAGGGCAGGGCUCUGCACAGAGCUGAGA